CACAUCCUUUGUCUUGUAAUUCUUCAUUUGCUGCGCCUCCUUUCCACCGCCGUUCAUGGACCCCUCUAAUUUGACCCUCAACAAAUCUCCUAGAAGGGAACUUCAAGGCCCCCGUCCAACGCCGCUCAAGGUCCACAAAGACUCGCACAAGAUCAAGAAGCCUCCGUUGGCACCGCAGACGAGGCAACCGGUCAUAAUCUACGACGUGUCGCCGGAAGUCAUCCAUACAAACCCUAGUGACUUCAUGGCCCUAGUCCAACGCCUGACUGGCUCAUCUUCCUCCAAUUGUUCAUCGUCGGUUCCCUCUUCCACAUCUACUCCGUUCAACCAUGACGGCGGUGAAAUUUCGCCCGCCGCAAGGUACGCCACUGUAGAGAAGGCAAAUACGUCACCAGAAGGGAAGAAGAAGCAGCUGGCAGUGGAAAAAAUAGGGUCUGUGGAGGGGAUUGAGAUCGGACAUGGGGUUGAGAGGACAAGUUUGUUUUCGGGGAUCUUGUCCCCGGGGCCAACGUCACUUCCACCAAUAUCGCCAAACUUCUUUUGGCCGGCGCUGUCGACUGAUCCUAACUCUUUCAGCUUCAUCCAAGACUUGAUCAGUCCGGUGAUUCAUGGUAACAAGAAUUUCAUAGAGGGCAGCUUUAUGCCUAGUCCUUCAAGCUUCGUUUCUCCUACUCCAUCUAUUGACCUUUUCAAUAAUUUCUUUGACAAUUAGAUUUAGAUAUAAUUUUUUCCAUUUGUAACAAGAAUAAUUUCUUCUCAAGGGGAAAGAUAGUUAUAAUUAAUUAGAUAUGAUUUUUUUUUUCCAUUUGUAUUUUGUUAAUUUUGAUUAUUUUUGGAGAGAAAUAUUACUGAAAGUAUACUGUGUAAUUGAUAUUAAUAGUUUGAAGGAAUGGAGGACAAAAAUGGGAAUAUACAUGGUGUGCCUUCUGUAGCUAGGUUUAGCAACUUGGAAACUUCUUAAUGAACUUUAUCGUAUUAC